GAAACCUUUAAGAAACUUUUACCGUAUCAUGUACAGUUCGAUUUUGAAUUGGCAACAUUAAAUAGCACAUAACUACGUGACCAAGUACGACCCAUUGUGCUGAUAUAGCUCGAAUGCCAUGUAUGCAAUCCAUUGUAUUCGAUGUUGUGUUCGUUUUGCAGGAAAAUAAUUUUAAUCCGUUUGUAUAAAAGGAAAACGCCAACAGAAUUGGUGACUUUUCAACUGGAAAUGAACAGUAAAUUGUGAUCGAAGGAUGUUCGAGUAUUAGGAUUUCUAAUAAAUUUCCAACUAAAUUACCUGUCAGAUUGCCUACACGCUUGCCGCUCAGGUUACCUAAACCCACUCCAUUGAUUCCCAAAGCAGAAGAUUCAGUGGAUAAAAAUGAACUGGAAUUUAAACUGUUGGAUGCGGCAAAAAGUGGUGAUGUUGAAGCUGUCGAGGAGCUACUUAAAAAAGGGGCGAACGUAAACUUCCAAAAUAGAGAAGGGAAGACGCCGCUGCAUUUCGCUGCUGAAAACAAUUAUGAAGUAGUUGCAAGUGCUUUACUUAAACAUAAUGCAGAUCAAUCUAUAGCAUCCGAUAAUGGUACUCCGUUACAUCAUGCUGCGAUGAAAAAUUCCGAAAAAGUUGCAGAACUGCUCAUUAAACACGGGGCAGAUGUUAUGGCCACAGAUUCAUCUGAUGAAACACCUCUCCACUAUACAGCCGUUCAUGAUGCUGAAGAAUUGGCCGAUCUGCUUAUUCGUAAUGGGGCAGACGUAGACGCUAAAAAUAGCUUUGGACGAACGCCUUUGAUAUAUGCAAUCGCAUUUGGUAAUAUGAUGGAAGUCGCUGAAAUGUUGAUUGAGAAUGGUGCCAAUGUUAAUAUUCAAGAUGAUAUUGGAGAGACGCCUCUUAAAUGGGCUAAAUGGAAAAACAAACAAAAAUUGGUCGAACUUCUGGAACGUCAUAUGGAACAUGAGUGAAUUAUCGUGCUCUUCUAAUUUUUGAGUCGAUUACAAAUCGAUAUCGUUACAUUUUUAGAAAAU